GGUGGUAUUCUCUCCUCCCGAGUCUGGUACUUUGCGUUGCUGUGCUUUUGCGUGCUUUGCGUGCUUUGCUUGCUUUGCUUGCUUUGCUUGCUUUGCUUCUUCGGCUUCUCUUUCUCUCUAUUCAUGUCAAGUGAUUGAUUGUCCUCUGGUUAAGAACCAAUUCAGCCUUUCCCUAGAAACCACUCUAUCCCACCUAUUCAUCCCCAUUCCACAAUUAUACCUACCUCAAAAACAAAUGGGAUGGUGAUAAAAUGAUUGUAGUCUUAUUCUUGGUUUGGUUUUUGUCUCGUCUCGUCUCGUCUGGUCUUGUCUGGUCUGGUCUGGUCCCCGUCUCUUAUCCCAAAUUAAAAUCCACCCCUUCUUUUAGUUCUUACUCCAACCAUGUCUCUUCUGCCCUUCAACUAUCGAAAGGGAAAAUAUGGAUCGUCCGUCCCGCCUCGGCCGCGUUAGACUUUUGUGCACUCCCUCCCAGCUUGCGUCGAACGAGUCUGGUUACGAAUGAGAGCCCUGCUUGUGAUCGUCUAGAAGCAAGCAACAGCAAUCAUCAUCACCAGCAGCACCAACACCAGCACCAGCAGCAACAUCAUGACCCAAUUCUGGGAUCACCUGUUGCCUAUUCACACAUCCGUGACAUACGUGCUCGAACCAUUAGUUAUCUUUUCUCUUCUUUCUGUCUCUCUCAUGACACACACACACACACACACACACACACACACACACACACACACACAUCCUGCACGUAGUACUGAGCUGUGAUCACGCCUAGUCAGUCAACCGCCGAGGCAACGCCGGAACGAACACCGAAACUACUACUAGUCAUCAUCGAACCCCCUCUCCCCCCGGGACCAGAAGAUGCAAGUGAUGCGUGAAAGGCAGCCCAGAAAUACCUCAUCCCAACCAAGAAAAAGGACGGG